GAGAUAAGCACGAUUCGAUCUUGUCAGCAAAAGAAGCAGCACGUCAGGUAAGACAUUUGGUGAAAUGCGUUCUCUUGUUUGUCAACGACCUUAAUCCAAUACUAAGACGCAUUUGGUUGAUUGCUGAUUUAGGAUCUAUGAACUUUCUCUUUCAUGUACAAGAAAAAAUGAGGUUCAUUUUCGCGUUCUUUGUAUUUGCCGAUCUCUGCAUUUAUUCGACGCUUGCUGCUGAUUGUGCAUGCGCAACAACCGCUGUGCAUGUGCGCGAUGGUGCAGGAACAACUCACAACACACUGACCACUUUAGCCACUGGACAUUGCCUUACUUUCAAAGGACAGAGGCAGACCGUAGCUGGUGAUUCGUGGGUCAAUGUGGAUUACAAUGGACGUAAAUGUUGGAUUGGACAGGACGGUUGGAUCCACGAAGGAUACGUACAUAUACAAGCUUGUGCCGGAUCCGGAUCUCCUGCUUCGAGCGCGGUCCAGUUACCCGGCUGUCCACAUAUAGUCACGCGCCAUGAGUGGGGUGCGCGCUCGCCCACAAGGCCGCAUACCCUUCUUACCCAUACACCAAAGUACAUGUUCAUUCACCAUGGAGCUACUCCUUUUUGCCACACCAAGGCUGAAUGCACACAAAUGGUCAAAUCGGCACAGAAUUAUCACAUGGACGGACAUGGCUAUUCUGACAUCGAGUACAGCUUUCUUGUGGGCGAGGAUGGCAAUGUUUACGAAGGCAGAGGCUGGGAUGCUGUGGGCGCUCAUACCCUUAAUUACAACUCCGUUGGACUGGCCAUCUGCGUGAUCGGCGACUUCACGAACCGCUUGCCGAAUGACGCUGCCCUGAACGCCGUAAAGCAGCUCGUCCAGUGCGCCCAUGACAAUCAUAAGAUCACCGCCACCUACAUGCUACGGGGCCACAGGGAUGUGGGGGCAACAGCGUGCCCCGGGAACAAGCUGUACGAGCUGAUCAAGACGUGGCCCCACUAUUAAACACUUGCACGGACGUAUGACUGUCUCUCCUUGAUUGUAUAACACAUUUUUGACAAUAAAUAGAUAGAUGUUCUUCUAUACAAUGGAGCGAUGUAUCACGUAAACAUUAAAUGCUGAAAAAUUGAA